UCAUCAGCGCCCAUCGAAUCGAACACGUACUCGCUUCGGAUCACAACAAAAGGUGUCUUUAGAGAAAAUAGUCCAAAAGAAGUAAAAUUUCCUCAGAAAAGGUGACGAAAUAUUGUGCAAAGUGCAGAAUAAUUAGGAUUUUAGAACGAUAGUCGCGAGUGCGAACAUAUUUAAGAUAGAAGUGAUUGUAUAUCCCAGCAGAAACGAGAAUCUCCACGCCUCAAAAUGAGCGACAUCCAAACCUGGUACAAACAGGUACCGAUGUUUACUCGGCUGUGGCUUUCGGCCACGGUCGGUAUCAGUCUGCUGUCCCGCUUCGGGAUCCUGCCGCCCCAGUAUCUGAUUCUGCAGUCGUACCCGCUGUUCAAGCAGUUACAGCUAUGGAGACCGAUGACUGCAGUGUUCUUCUACCCGCUGAAUCCGGCCACCGGGUUUCACUUUAUGUUGAACUGUUUCUUCCUGUACAACUACUCACUCCGAUUGGAGACGGAACAGUUCAAGCAGAAACCAGGGGAUUACUUCUACCUGCUGUUCUUCAACUGGAUCCUCUGUGUGCUGAUUGGUCUGCUGAUUGAACUUCCGAUCCUGAUGGAUCCCAUGGUGCUGUCGGUUCUGUACGUUUGGUGUAAGCUGAACAAGGACGUGAUCGUGAACUUCUGGUUCGGCACCCGGUUCAAGGCCAUGUACUUGCCAUGGGUGCUGCUGGGAAUGAACCUGAUUCUGUCCUCUGGAAGCAUCUUUUCAAUCGUUGGUAUCUUGGUGGGUCAUGCCUACUACUUCUUAAAAUUCAUUUAUCCACAAGAACUCGGAGGUCCCAGCUUGCUUGAGACUCCACUGUUUGUCAAACGCUACUUCCCGGAUGUGUCCGGUGGUGUGCACGGUUUCGGUGUUCCUCCAGUGGGUCAGCGCGCAAAUCCACAGCAGCAACAGCAGGGCAAUGGAUUUGGGCUUCGGCAUGCCUGGGGACGUGGCCACGUCUUGGGUCGUGAUUAGGAGGUAAGUUUUUGGUGUAGGCAUUCGGAUUGCUGUUUUUUUUUUUGUAAAUAAAUGCCAAUCACAGUAGCUUUCUACCCAUCAUCAACGAGCAUUUUACUCGCACGUUCUACCGUAACUCUUUUCUCGUCGGAAUAAUUGUUAGGUGUUAGUUAUACAUAUAUAUAUUUUUUAUGUAUUUGAAUCGGAGUAAUGGGAAUUACCCUAAAUGGCAUAUGGUUGUUCGGUUUAUUGCGUUGCUUAUCGCAGAGGAAUUUGGUAUUAUACCAAUUGAUGUAUAUUUCGUCGGUCAAAAGUUACCAAAUAACUAUAAGCCAAGUGGGAGACUUCCCAUAGCAAUGUAUUAGAUAAUAACUCAGGGGAUGAAGACAUUCUGGAUUAAUCGUCUAAAAUAAAUUCAAUGUGCAACCCACUGAA